CAGAACAGCUGACUGAACCACAACGGUGCAUGAAAAUACAGCGGGAACGAUGUACUGUCCAUUCUGUGCUUACAGCUUCCCCUGCCUUUUGCUGUGCAUGUGGCAAAAACCUAACUUUUUUUCAAGCAUGUCAAAGAAGAGACGCCUGCCACUCAUGCACGAGUUGAUGUUGCACAACCUAGCACCAGUGCAGAGGGAAACUCAAGCAUAGAGACAUUUUUUAAGUUUAGGGCAGUUAAAGAAAGGGAGAGAAAGUCUUUCUUUUCAAAGAAACAUCAGGCCUCUCGGAGUGAAAAGAAACAGAAACCAGUGAAGGUAUGAACUGCUGUUAACAUUACAUAGGUUGUUGUGUGGCGAAAUACAUUCUGCCCCAGAGACAUAACGUUUUCCCCUGUGACUGUCACUUUAAAAGCACACUAAAACUACACAGCACUCACCUCAUUAACAUAACACGCAACACCUGUGAACGCUGAUUGGGGGAGUGGUCACGCCUGAUUGAUGAAACGCUUCCUUUAAAUGUCACUAUGUUGCAUCCAUAGUUAGGGAAGUGUAGCGCAGCAGAGCUCCGUUUGGGUCCUGUACGAGCAAGCGUGAAGGUGCGAUUCUGGAGUGGAUGCUAAACCAAGUGGAAGACUUGUGCAUUGUUGCCGACGACGGAAUCCGCGGUGGAGAUUUGCAAGCCGACCCAAGCAAGAUUUCUGUGACGGAGGAACAUCGCAAGCCACAGGUGAGAGGAGCACAUAGCUACUUCAAGCCCGAUGCGGGAAGCGGCUGGCUAAGGACUGUUGAAGCUUCAGAUCCAGGACAGUCCAGUUUACAUAGCCAGCUCCAGAACUGUGAGUUGAAGCGUUUAUCCACACGCCCCAUGCUGUUCGUUUACCAAGCGCUACUGGAACUACAAACACUUUCUCCCUCCACACACGCUAACAUCCACAAACACACACACCCACACACAUGACCACUGGGUUUACACGACAUUUUUUUUUUUUUAUUAUUCAUGCCCCUUUCGCUGUAUUGGGAGCAUAAGAACAUUCUGGGGUUGUAUUGAUGCCAUUAUUUUUUUUGUGAAAAAGUAAACAUAUGCAUGUUUAAAACCUACUUUUGUUGUUUUUUUAUUAUUGCUAGUGGUGGUUACUUUUAAUUGGCAGGAUUUUGGUACCCGCCUGGCACCCGAACAAAAAUUUAUACUUGAACCUUGGGUAACACCGUUACAGAAUUGGCACCCGAACAGGGACAUGAACUGUAAUUAACAGGACAUGAACUGUAAAUAACAAGGGACUUGAACUGCUUAGUGACUGCUCCUUGGACUUUUUGGACUUGUGGGACACUUAAAAAAAAAAACUACUGUUGAAUUGAGCGCUGUAUUGAUGGUGGUGUGUAUGCUAUAUUGUGCUGAUAUUGGUGUUUUGAACCUGUGCUCAGGUCUGUGUUAAAUUUUUAUCACACUGCUGAAUUUUCUUUGUGUAAUAAUUGCCUGAGUAUUUCCCUAUUGGUUUACAUGUCUUUGAUAACUGUGUAACUUGUUACUUUUCAAGUGGGGUACAUUUUGUUACAAACAUACAGACAAAAAACACAAACAUUUCAAACAUCAUUUUUCACAUCAUUUAAUAACCAAUAACACAACCCAUGUCACAACCUAAAGCCGCAAUGUCAGAACAGGAGAGCCACACAGACGUCUCCACGUCUCUUGACACACAAACCUCACCACCUGACAUAAGCACACCUCAAAUUGAGCAUCGGGUGUUCUUCCAUCCUCCUUUUCAUAGCGAUACCUCUUUCAUUCUUACUAGCCCUGGAGUUCUUGGUACUGCUACUGCAGACCAGCUGCCUACGGUGUCUACAGCACCCCCUUCAUUGACCGCUAAGCCAUCCAACUUGCUAACAGCUGCGCUACAGACUACUGGUUCAGGCUACACUCAGGCUGCAGCCGCCUCUCCAUUAGAUAUGGAUUUGGACACUUCUCCAUCAUGGUCUUCAGACACCUCAGUGCAGCGUGACUUGCCUACGAAGCUCCCAACACCAGCACGAAAGCUUGGCGCAUUAGCGCUAAAAACUCCUGACAACUGGGCCCUGAUAUUUCAGAAACUGGAACAACAGGAUGCUCAACUCAGUAAGGUCACUAAACUAAUGGCCAGGAGCCGCUUUCACUUGGAGGCCAAGGUAGAGGUAGUGUCUGAAAUGGCAAAAACAGAAUUCACAAAACUCAGUGCAGCACUCACAGCUAGUACUCAGAAAACAGAGAAUGAAUGGGAUAAGUUGCUGAAAGCCAUUAAAACCAUUAUCACAGAAGAAGUUAAAAACCAAAGUAUUACACAACUGGAAGAAAUCCGUUUCAUGGUCGAACAGUUACAAGCCGAGGUACAGCAGGAGAUCUUGUCCCAGAGGAGGGCUGUUGCAGCAGACUGUGGACACCUGUCACAGAACAUGGACAGCUGUGUUAGAAUUACCAACCAAAUAAACACAUCUUUAGGACAUCUACCAGCACACAUAACAAAAGAGUACAACAUACUUACCAACAAGAUAACAGAGUUAGAGAAAAAGAUUGAGCAACACGUCUCAACCAUAUCUCCUCUUACUGGCAUGAGGCCAUCAGUAACCCCACAUACUACAGCCACUCCAGCUUCACUGCCCAGCCAUUCCAGCUUCAUGCCCACCACGCCACCUACUGGAACAAAGUCUGGUCAUCUAAAAGUUCUAAAACUGUCAUUUCCUACCUUUGGCAAGGCAAGCGACGAUCCAGACCCUGUCCUUUACCUCUCUAAGUGCUGUGACUUUCUAGCCAUUCACCCUCUGUCUGACGCAGAGAGUCUGGCUACCUUUCGAACUGUCCUGCACGGCACAGCCAGAGAUUGGUGGGAGAUUGCCAUGACUGAGGUCCUUACCUGGGCCCAGUUCCAGAAAAAGUUUCUGUCAGCGUUCCUGUCUGAGGAUUACGAAAAGGAGCUCAUGGACCAAGCUCAUGAACCGACGGCAGAAAGAAAACGAGACCAUUCAUGAUUUUGCCUUCUCUCACCGUGCCCUUUGUAAACAAUGGAAACCCACCAUCACUGAGGCUGAGAUAGUGAAACUCAUUCUAAAAAAUGUCAAACCACGGCUGGCUACCUACCUACGGGGUCAGGCUCAGAAUGUUGAAGAGUUGGUGAAGCUCGGCCAUCAGCUGGAAAAAGACUUAGAACAACAGUCCUUGUAUGAAACACAGCAUGGUACGCAUGACAAAAGUGCACAGAGGGCGAAAAACAUUCCCAAAUCUACAGACUUGGACACACCUUCUAUUACAUGCUGGCACUAUAAAGGUCAACAUCCACCUGGUUCUUGCCCUCAAUACCAACCAUCUCCUGGAGGCCGUCAGUCCACACAACACUGUCCCGAGAACAUGUCUCGACCACCUAAGCCAGCACAGCAGGGCAAUGGCAACAUCAACCUUACCACUACAAAGAGUUCUAAGAACCAGAUCAAAGGUAUGUCUACCACAACACCGGGAAGCACCUUCAAUAUUCCCCGGCAGCUGGUAGUCGCAGUCAACAUCGGCCCUUGGAAUGGCAGGGCUAUCAUUGAUACUGGGGCAAGCUACACACUCCUCCACGAACAGGUCUGGAAAGCUCUCAAAAGGCCCAAGGAAAACGUGGAGCCUUGGACAAGCGGACCUCUCUUCCUUGCUAAUGGAGAGACUGAGACGCCCCUUUGAAAAGAUGAAGUAACCAUCAACUUGGGUGAGGUUUCAUGCAUGUAUGAGGUGGCAGUCCUGUCCCCAAAAGCUUUGGCCUACAAAGCAGUUCUUGGCCUCGAUUACUUGUAUCACAGCGGACUGCAAAUCCAUGCAGCUGACUGUCAGUACAGUUUCAAGGGGAGACCAGAGAGAUAUCUGUUCCAGCAGAAUGAUGAACAAACCACCCUUUAUACUGCACCACUCGGGGCUACUCUUAUGUCUUGCAUACCCCCUCCUUGCUUGGCCCCACAGCCUGUGGCAUUCACCGCUCAAGACUACAUCGAUCUUGCAGUAGAAAAUGCUGAGGUGAAAGAGUGGGAGAAAGCUGGUCUUAGACAGCUUCUGAAGUCUAAACCAAAUCUAUGUUCUUUGAAGCCAGGAAGGACUGACGUGUUAAAGCACCACAUCCAUACCACCAGUGAAGUGCCGAUCAAGCAAAAACCCUACAGGAUGUCUGCGCAAAAACGUCAAGUCGUGGAGCAGCAUCUGAAGGACAUGUUUGAUCAAGGUGUGAUCGAACCAUCCUACUCUGGGUGGACCUCACCCGUCGUCCUUGUCCCGAAGAAAUGUGGAACACUCAGGUUCUGUGUUGAUUACAGGAAGUUAAAUGCAGUCACAGAAACUGACGCAUACCCACUGCCCAACAUCAACGAACUUCUAGAGUCACUUGCCGGCUCCACGGUCUUCUCCACUCUAGACCUAAACAGUGGCUAUUGGCAGGUCGCCAUGGACGCCGCAAGUGUGGCCAAGACAGCUUUUGUGACCCACAUGGGCACUUUCCAGUUCAGAGUCAUGCCUUUUGGACUCAAAAAUGCCCCAGCCAGUUUCCAACGCUUAAUGGAUCUGGUGUUGGCUGAACUGAAAGGAAAAGUGUGUCUAGUGUACCUAGAUGAUAUUGUGAUCUACUCACCGUCCAUCCAACAUUUCCAAGACCUUCAUGCCGUUCUGGAAAAACUUCAAGCAGCAGGACUCACCUUGAACUUGAAAAAGUCCAAGUUCUGCAUGAAGGAGAUAAAGUACCCUGGGCCAUGUCGUCUCCGCCCAAGGAACCACUGCAGACCCCAUGAAGGUGGAGGCCAUCAAGGCUUACCCGGCUCCAACAACAAUCAAGGAGGUGCAGAGGUUCCUUGGCCUUGCAGGAUGGUACCACCGGUUUGUACCUGGAUUUUCUCAAAUCGCAGAACCACUGAAUGCUCUCAAGAGGAAAGGUCGUGUCUUCCAGUGGGAUGAAAAGUGUGAGAAAGCUUUUCAAACCUUAAAAGACCACCUUACGUCUCAUCCUGACCUAGAACUUCCUUUCUUCGUCUACACAGAUGCCAGUGACUUGGGGCUUGGUGCCAUCUUGGCACAAAAGAAGGGGAUCGACCAUGAAGAGGUCAUUGCUUUCGCAAGCAGAAGCUUAAACAAGGCUGAAAGGAACUACUCCGCAAUGGAGAAGGAAUGUCUCACGGUCGUCUGGGCGCUGGAAAAAUGGCAGCACUACCUGGAACCCAAACUGUUCACAGUAGUGACUGACCAUGCCUCCUUGUAGUGGGUAUUCAGCAGCACCAAGACCUCCAGUCGUCUCUUCCGUUGGGCCCUUCGCCUUCAGAAGUUCAACUUUAUCAUUGAAUACCGCAAAGGGAAACUCAAUGUAGCUCCGGACGCCCUUUCUCGAUGUCCUGUGGGGCCUUCGUGCAUGUUGGCUGUGAGCCAAAAGGAACCACAAGAUUUUCCCUUCUCCACCAUGACCUUGUGGGAGGAACAGCACAAAGACCCCCAGAUAGAGAAAGUCAUGAAAGAUCUGGCUGAAGGCUGUGAAGACGUCGGAGAGAACUACGCCGUGGUUGAUUACCUGCUUUACAGAAUGAUCAAGCUGGAUGAUGAUGACAAGAAGCAUCACUUUCGUGUGUGGAUACCAAAGACACUAAUACCUCCACUCCUGGCAGCAUACCAUGACUCCCCCUGGUGUGGACACCAAGGUAUGUUCAAGACCUACAAACGCAUUCGCAACGUGGCUUUCUGGCCUAAGAUGUGGGACAAAGUGCAGAGCUAUGUUCGUGCCUGUACAGUUUGCCAGACAUGCAAAGGAGACAACUAGAAGCCAUGUGGGAAACUCCAACAAACCACUGUGAGCUAUCCCAAUGAGAUGCUUGGAGUUGACCUCAGGGGACCUCUACCCCGCAGUUCAGACAGACAUGAAUAUCUACUUGUCCUCGUCGAUUUAUUACACCCGCUGGGUCGAGUUAUUUCCCCUCCGUACAGCAUCCUCUGCCGUGGUAGCUCGCAUCAUCCGUAAUGAAAUACUUACCUACUGGGGCGUACCCGAUUAUAUCCUGUCUGAUAGAGGGACACAGUUUGUGUCCAGCUUGUUCAAGGAACUCUGUCACACCUGGUCAGUCACCCCCAAACUUACCACAACAUACCAUCCACAAACCAACCUGACUGAAAGAGUUAACAGGAAUCUCAAAUCCAUGAUCGCAUCCUAUGUCUCAGAUAACCAUCGAAAAUGGGACCAAUACUUACCUGAAUUCCGAUUUGCCCUCAACUCUGCUGUUCAUGAGACGACUGGGACUACUCCUGCCAAGCUGCACCUUGGGAGAAAGCUGCGUAGUCCCAUGGACAAACUCCUCGGAGCACAAAACCUUACCCCUGACGACGCCGGAUACGAUGUUGUGUGACACCUAAAAGACCUGCAAAAGAAAGCACACAUUAGCAGUAAGAAAGCAAAGGCAAGACAACUUAGGAACUACAACAAGAACAGAAAAGAAGUUCAGUACGUACCUAAGAAUAGAGUGUGGGUGCGCAACCAUGCUCAGUCAUCUAAGGCCAAACACUUUUCUGCAAAGCUGGCACCAAAGUGGAAGGGACCCUACAGAGUCUUGCGGCAGUUGGGCCCUGUGAACUUUGAGGUGGUACAGGAAGACUCUGGGGAAGACCUGAGCAAUGUUCACGUCAACAACCUCAAACCCUGCUUUCCCACAGCAGCUGAGAUUGAGAGACAGGAAAUGGAGGCACUGUCUAAAGUCUUUGAGGACGACUCCGAUGAUGAAGACUUUCUUGGUUUCACUUAGUCUCAUGUCUCUUGCCAACUAUGGGUUGUCUUCCCAUGGAGGGGGGGAAUGUGGCAAAAUACAUUCUGCCCCAGAGACAUAACGUUUUCCCCUGUGACUGUCACUUUAAAAGCACACUAAAACUACACAGCACUCACCUCAUUAACAUAACACGCAACACCUGUGAACGCUGAUUGGGGGAGUGGUCACGCCUGAUUGAUGAAAUGCUUCCUUUAAAUGUCACUAUGUUGCAUCCGUAGCUAGGGGAGAGGAAGUGUAGCGCAGCAGAGCUCUGUUUGGUUCCUGUACGAGCAAGCGUGAAGGUGCGAUUCUGGAGUGGAUGCUAAACCAAGUGGAAGACUUGUGCAUUGUUGCCGACGACGGAAUCCGCGGUGGAGAUUUGCAAGCCGACCCAAGCAAGAUUUCCGUGACGGAGGAACAUCGCAAGCCACAGGUGAGAGGAGCACAUAGCUACUUCAAGCCCAAUGCUGGUAGCGGAUGGCUAAGGACUGUUGAAGCUUCAGAUCCAGGACAGUCCAGUUUACAUAGCCAGCUCCAGAACUGUGAGUUGAAGCGUUUAUCCACACGCCCCUUGCUGCUUGUUUACCAAGCGCUACUGGAACUACAAACUCUCUCUCCCUCCACACACACUAACAUCCACAAACACACACACCCACACACAUGACCACUGGGUUUACACGACUUUUUUUUAUUAUUAUUCAUGCCCCUUUCGCUGUAUUGGGAGCAUAAGAACAUUCUGGGGUUGUAUUGAUGCCAUUAUUUUUUUUUGUGAAAAAGUAAACAUGCAUGUUUAAAACCUACUUUUGUUAUUGUUUUUUAUUAUUGCUGGCGGUAGUUACUUUUAAUUGGCAGGAUUUUGGGCGUGCCUGGCACCCGAACAAAAAUUUAUACUUGAACCUUGGGUAACACCGUUACAGUUGCAUAGUUUGUUGAGAUUUAGCUGUCAGUGCAGACCUCAUAUCGAUUUGUCAUGUUGUAUCAAUUUCCAUUUUAUUUACUAUGCUAUUUGUUAUUUUGCAGAUUUAUGUUGGCGUUAUGAGGUUGACAGGUGACUCCCUAAAACCUGUAAGAGGGAAGUCACUCCCUCUUGACAUUCAGCCUCACUGGUCAUCAGAGCAGCUAUUGGCUUCUGCUGUUAAAAAACAGAUUUUAACCAGGACAUGCAGGAUGUUGUCCAUGUUUUGUUGUACCCUGAUGGCAGACAAGUGAUAAACAUCCCAGGAACAGAUGACCCUUUCACUGUCCAGAAGAUGACCCUUUCACUGUCCAGAAGUACAAGGAGGCAAUAGGGAAGGCCUACCAGAAGAUAACACUAUACAUUUGCACUGCAGAGGAUUUUGAAACCAGUUAUAAGUGUUCCAUUUUGUAUUUCAUUCAUGGUUUGAUUUUCAGAGUCUUUCCACUUUAUAUCUUAUCUGUGCAAGAUACAUUCUGCCAGUUACUCAAACCAUUAUUGUAAAUUUUGUUUAAAUGCAUUUUUUUCAAAGGUGGAUAGUCUUCUAGUGAAGGUGACAGUGUCGUCCAUGUGAACGUGCCAUCUGUGGAAAGCGAUCUCUCUGACACUGUGUGCAGCAACACUGGAUGAACUGCAUGCAGUGAUCGACAAACAUUCAAGUCUGUUGCAGACUGCUGGUUGUCUUCAGUACCCAAAUGUUGUGGUGGACAAGAAGAUAAUCAUUAAGGACUUUAUGCAGUGGUACUUCAUUUACCACAACCAUUUCUCAGUACAAAGGUUCAAGGAUGGGCUUUCAGCACUUAAUGUGAGUCAUGCUUUGGAGCAGCAUGCAUCCAGAUUCAAGGCAUUUAUGUGCUCAAAUGUGGAACAGCUGACAUCUACAACACUGGAUAACCUUUUCGAGGUUCAACUCAGUGAACAAGGCACUACAAGACGCCAAGAGGAAACCAGAGUACUAGCAUUCUGGAGAGACUAUCUCCUCGAUACAGAAGGUUUAUUACAAUAGCAGACUAGAAAAUGUCAUUGGAGUUAAGGGACUGGCCCUCUCUUGUCUCAGGUGUUGUUUGACUGAUCUUUAUCAGUUUAUAGAUGUAAAGGAUGACUUCUCCAUGAAUCCUAAGGAGCGAUGAGAGGAGAUUCCAGGCCAGACGUAGGGCAUCAGUGUGGAUCAGUGAAGUCCGAGGGGCAGAAGAGACCCAAAACAAGAUGGAUCAUCGUCUUCGGCAGACCAAGAAACACCGGCCCAAGCGGCAAUUGCUGUUACGUGUCAAUCCUGAAACAUCAGUGAUGCUGGCCUCUCCUGCUCUUCAGACCUGCCUGAUCCAUCUUGAUGCUCUACUUCUGACUGGAGUCUCAUCACAUCGCUCCUGUGGAGGAUGGCCCCAUAUGGACAGUCGAAAGAUGCACUUAGAAGAUGACUCUGGACACUUACAGUUUUAUUGUGAUGGCUGAGGACUACAAUUGCCACGAUAACUUUAGGAUUGCAUUUGGCAUGAACAGUCUUGCACUCAAGUCUCCAUCAGUGAACAGUUGAUAACUUCAACAAAACAGACUUCAUAUUAAAACUAUAAUGAAUUUCCUGGUUACACAUUUGUACUUUGACUAUAUAGGACACACUUAUAGGAGCAAGUUAUUUAUAUUCAUGCUAACUGUUAUCACCCAAAUGAGGAUGGGUUCCCUUUUGAGUCUGGCUCCUCUCAAGGUACACAUCCUCAUGUCAUCUGAGGGUUUUUUUCCUUGCCACCAUUGCCACAGGCUUGCUCAUCAGGGAUUAAUAAUUUUUUUAGGGAUAAAUUCGCUCACAUGUUUAAAGUCUUUAUUUUUCUGUAAAGCCACUUUGCAACAAUGUCUGUUGUUAACCCCUUCGGACACAAAGAAAAAUGCUAUGGAACUUCAUGUGUUCAAUUGGACACAUUAUGUCCAAAAAGGUUAAAAGU